GUGCAGUUUGUUGUUGACAGCGCUGCAGCAUGGCGUGUUUUUAGCGUCAGAACUAAACGGAAUAUUAACUGUUUUAAAGCUUUAAAGAUCCUAACACCACUAUGGAGGAGCACAGAGAACACACACAUGGAGUUAGAUGAGGAAACCGGAAGGAGUCGGGAAACAUUAGCUACACAGAGCUAACUUCCGGCUAGAAGCUAACAGCUAACAAAGCAUCAUGGCAGAGGCGGGGGCCCACCUGACCUCCUCAGGGUCCUCAGUGAGCGAGCCGCCGUCAGUCUUUGAGGUUCUGGCUCAGGAGUCUCUGAUGGAGGCGGUCCGCCCGGCGCUGAGGCACGCCGUCAAG